AUGUAUUCAACUCCUGUAAAAGACACAGUUCCGGCCAGGCUACCCGUUCAUGGAUUCACUUUGGCUCCAUCAGACCAACGUGAACUUCCCGUAAUAGAUCAUGUUCCAAUGACUUUACCGGUUCAAUCACAUCCCGUGCGACAUUCACACUCGCCAACGGGCUUUGGACCAAGGUCUCGACCAGGGGAACACCAGCCCAAGUUCAAACCAGAGCCCAAAACCACUGCCGAUCGAUCAUUAUCCAAAUACAGGACCUCCGUGUGUUCUGGACCUGCCCUGAGAAAUAUUUUACCGGAGUCUAAUCGCCGAGUGUAUGAUACGUUCCGAUUAUUACCAGCUGACGGAAAAACUGUUGGAACACGACAGCUCAUAUUUAUUCGCACGAACGUGGAUGGAACAGACCGAACAGCGUUGAAGGUUGUUCUCUCACGACGUGCUGUACAAACACUUGGACAGGUGAUCUGUGAGGUAUCCGAGGCGUUCGGCCCCAAAUGGAGUCACGAUCCCAUACGACAUGUGUACGCCGUGACCGGUCGAGAGAUACGUUCUGUUGUGGAACUGUUUCGACCGCAGAAAGUGUUUAUCGCCACCGGAAUGCAACGCCUAUUCGGAACCGGUCGUUCUACUGAUCGGGGUUUGCUAGCCGCAAGUCAAUGCAGCACCCUGAGCAACAACAACAACAGCCAACAAAUGGACCCGAUCAAGGGAGAAACACUGAGAGUAAGAUCUGAUAAGAGCGCAGAAUGUUUUUGCCUGGUGCUAGACGUUUAUAAACGCAUGUAG